AUGGUAGAAAGACCCAAAAUCAAGUUUAAUAUCAAAAGCAGGAAGUCUGUUGAACCUGACAGAAGAGAAAAGAGUCCUUCAAGAAACGACGUUGACUACAGAGAGAGACAGGUUUCUCCGAAACCCGAUGAGGGGAGUACCGAGAUUGACACACCGAGAGGUAGACCCAGUGAAAAACCCAAGAAUGACCUGGAGUCCGAGGUGGAAGUGGACGAGGCCAUGAUGAAAGUCAUGGGCUUUGGAGGAUUUGGUACCACCAAGAUGAAGAAGGUUGGUGGUACUGAUGUCUCAGGUGCCAAAACUUUCAAGCCAAGUCAAUACCGACAAUAUGUGAAUCGUACGAAAGGCUUCAAUAGACCUUUAUCACCUACCCGAAAGGGAAAAAAGUAA